CCAGCCCGCAAACCCUGAGCCACUCCUAACGACGUGGCCCGAUAUCACAUCUGUCUCUCAAUUCAACUACAUCCACCGCGGUCAGACUACUGCUGAACAACGCUCCUGUUGACGAGUCGCGCGCCCAUCCACCCCUUUGGACGUCCUCACGUUCUGACACCCUCAUUUUCGUUGCCUUUAGAACCCCUCCCCUUCCCCAGAUCUCAACAUGGCAAACGACGAAUACGAUUUCUUGUUCAAAGUUGUCCUCAUAGGGGACUCAGGCGUAGGUAAAUCCAACCUUCUCAGCCGGUUCACCCGAAACGAAUUCAACCUCGAUUCCAAAUCCACCAUUGGCGUCGAGUUUGCAACCCGAUCAAUCCAGGUCGACACGAAGACGAUCAAGGCUCAAAUUUGGGAUACUGCUGGACAAGAAAGAUACCGAGCCAUCACAUCCGCAUACUAUCGAGGUGCUGUCGGUGCCCUCCUUGUCUAUGAUAUCAGCAAGCACCAGACGUACGACAAUGUGACCAGGUGGCUGAAGGAGCUCCGGGACCAUGCGGACGCCAACAUUGUCAUCAUGCUGGUCGGGAACAAGAGUGAUUUGCGACACUUGCGCGCCGUCCCAACCGAGGAGGCGAAGCAAUUUGCCAGCGAGAACAAUCUAUCCUUCAUCGAGACUUCUGCCCUUGAUGCUAGCAACGUCGAACUUGCCUUCCAGAACAUCCUUACAGAAAUCUAUCGGAUCGUGUCGAGCAAGGCCCUCGAUCAGGGUGACGCGGCGCAGGCACCGACUGGCGGCGUGAAGAUUGACAUGACCCCGUCAGGGACACCGGAUGCAAAAGGCAACAAGUGUUGUUAGAUUUCAAACCACCUUUUCACGAAGUAUCGGGGAGCACUGGCGUCGUCCAACAAACAUGAGGUUGAGUACAUGUUUUGAUGCGAGCAUGAAACCAUUGAAGGCUUCAUUUUUACCGAUGGGAUGGCUUAUGGUAGUGAGUUAAUUCGGGCAAUGCAAAGAGUCUUAGAGAAAACAUUUCGCUCUCACCAAAGUGUUCCCUUGUUGUUUCUCCUUGAUGUAUGGCCUGGGCUACUAAGACACUCGAUACCGAUCAAACGAGUGGAUGUGCGUCUUUUUUAAAGGCGUCGAUAGCGG